UUCAAAGGAAACUAAAUUUUCGCAGCUCAAACUCAAUACGCGACGCGAGAGUGCAGGAAUAAAGAUCUGAUUAAGAAUCCUGCGUUGUUAAAUUCCUUCCUGUAAUUUUCCUCAGGUCUGAACAAAUUAUGGCUUCAUUCGGGAGGAAGCAGGGCGUGGCAAUGUUCACCAAUCUAUUGAAAACCCUAACUGCGAGACCUUCGGUGCCCAAUUUCCCAUCCGGCUCGAGGGGUGUCAGCGGCGCCGCCGGCAUCGUUAGCAGCGAGGUCCUCACCUCUCACACUGCUAAAUGGAUGCAGGAUACUGGCAAAAAAUCUCCUAUGGAGUUGAUCAAUGAAGUUCCACCUAUUAAGGUGGAGGGCCGGAUUGUUGCCUGUGAAGGAGAUAGCGACCCUGCUCUUGGGCACCCGAUUGAGUUUAUAUGCCUUGAUUUGGAUGCACCCGCUGUUUGCAAGUACUGUGGCUUGCGCUACUUCCAAGAUCACGGGCAUCACCACUAAGGGGCUGCAUGAUCAAUUAUGUUCUUUUGAAAGUUUUCUAAAUAGACCAGGCCCUCUUUUAAUUAUAUUGUAACUCGUUUUAAUGCUGCAAUGUUGCAGUCUUUAUAAUAAGAACAAAAUCCUUGGUCUUUUGUUCUUCUGUGAACAUAUGAUUUUGAUUGUUUAAAUGAAUAUUUCCUUGUCAUCUCAA